AUGGCGUCAUCAUUAUUUAAAUUUGAUCAACGACCUAGGGUCUUCAAAAGCAUUUAUCAUGAAAUUAUCGUAAUUAUAUUAGUCUGUAUGGCUCAAUUUCUAUCUCAAGCUGGGGUUACAAUGUCAUUAUCCACUAUGAAUAUUAUGCUAAAUUCUUUUCAAGUAACAGAUAAAACUAUACAAGUAUGGUUUAUGGGUGGUUAUUCAUUAUCAGUUGGUACUUUUAUACUUUUCAGUGGUAAAUUAGGAGAUUUAUUUGGUCUUAAAAAAAUAUUCAUAGUUGGUUGGAUUUGGGUUUCAUUAUGGAGUUUAAUUACUGGUAUUUCAUAUUAUUCAAAAUCAAUAAUUUUCUUUAUUAUAUGUCGUGCUUUUCAAGGAGUUGGUUAUGCAUUGUUAUUACCUUGUGGUAUGGGAAUUUUAGGUCAUAUUUAUCCAAAUGGUAAAAGAAAAAAUUUAGCGUUUGGUUGUAUUGGUGCAAAUGGGCCUAUUGGAGCUAUGGUAGGUGCUUUUAUGGCUGCUGUUGUAGGACAAACUUGGUGGUGGCCAUGGGAAUUUUAUUUAAUUACGAUAUUAAGUAUUAUACUAUUAAUUGGUUCAAUUUUCUUUAUUCCGCAUUUAUCAAAUGAUGAAAUAAAUGGUGAAAUUACAAUCAAGAAUGUUUGGCAAAAAUUGGACAUAUUUGGAGCACUAACUGGUAUUAUUGGAUUAAUAUUAUUGAAUUUUAUUUGGAAUCAAGGUCCAGUUGCAGGUUGGGGCAAAGCAUAUAUUAUAGUAGUAUUAAUUAUAUCAAUUUUGCUAAUUGUUUCAUUUUUUAUAAUCGAAUUAAAUUUCAGUACUCAUCCAUUAUUACCAAGAUCAAUUUUUAAUAUUAAAGUCGGUUUAAUCCUUGCUUGUAUUUCAUUUGGUUGGGGUUCUUUUGGUAUCUGGCAAUAUUAUUAUUGGAAUAUAAUUUUAAAUCUUCGUCUUUAUACUGCAAUUGAAGGUGGUUUGACAUAUACUCCGUUUUUAGUAAUGGGUACAAUUGCAGCAAUAACAGUAUCUUUUAUAAUUAUACAUACAAAACCAAGUUACAUUAUCUCAUUUGCAACUACUUGUUUUAUGGUUGGUUGUAUUAUGUUAUCAGUCAUGCCUGUUGAACAAUCAUAUUUUAGAAUUUCAAUGGGUCAAAUGUUUAUAUUAUGCUGGGGAAUGGAUUUAAGUUUCCCAGCUGCAUCAAUAAUAUUAUCUGAUAUUUUGCCACAACAUCAUCAGGGAAUGGCAGGUUCAUUGGUUACAACAAUGGUUAAUUAUUCAGUUUCAUUAUUUUUAGGUAUUUCAUCAUGUGUUGAAAUUGAAAUUUUUAAACAUAAUCAAGAUCAAUUGGGAAGUUAUAGAGCUGGAUUAUAUUUUGGUAUUGGAGUAGCUGCUAUAGGUGUAAUAUGUUCAUUUGUAUUAAUAUUUUUGACAAAAGAUGAUUUAAACGGUAAUGAAGAUUUAGUUGAAGAAGUUGAACAUAAACAUGAAGAAAUUGAAGUUCGAAAUUAUGAAAUUAAUGAUGAAUCUGAUGAAAAGGAAGAAAUUAGAUAG